UUAUGGCUCCUCCUGCUACAGUAGAACGGGGCCAGACGUAACACCAGUGCAGAGGAACGGGAAUAACACACAUCGAUACGUUUUUCAGGUGCCACGGCUAAAGAUGGCACAUCGUGCAAUGCUCAAGAAAAUUACAUAGACGAUGUGCUUAGAGUCGCCUCUUCUGCUGUGAAGGCUUUGACAUUUCAAGAUUAUCAACACCCCAAAUGAACUCCGUCAGAGCAAGUAACGUUAGCAGAAGACCAAGGCGAGUCUCGAGGCCGCGCCCGGUACAGCCGGAGAGGAACCACCAGGAAAGAGAUGAGGACGUUCCUGCAGAUAUGGUCGCAGAAGAAUCCGGUCCAGGAGCUCAGAACAGUCCCUACCAACUUAGAAGAAAGUCUCUACCCAAGAGAACAGUGUGUCCGACAAAGACAAACAUGGAGGGUGCUUCCACUUCAACCACAGAAAACUUUGGACACCGACCAAAGCGCCCAAGAGUUUCAGGAAAGUGUCAAGAUUUACCAGCAGCUCCAGCAGAGCAGUAUCUGCAGGAGAAGCUCCCAGACGAGGUGGUGCUAAAGAUCUUCUCCUACCUGUUGGAGCAGGACUUGUGCCGUGCAGCGUGUGUGUGCAAGCGCUUCAGUGAGCUGGCCAAUGACCCCAUCCUCUGGAAGAAGCUUUACAUGGAAGUGUUUGAAUACACGCGCCCCAUGAUGCACCCCGAGGCGGGAAAGUUCUACCAGAUAAACCCAGAAGAGUACGAGCAGCCUAACCCGUGGAAGGAAAGUUUUCAGCAGCUGUAUAAAGGAGCACACGUGAAGCCGGGCUUUGCAGAACACUUUUACAGUAAUCCUGCCAGAUACAAAGGAAGAGACAACAUGUUUUACUACGACACCAUCGAGGACGCUCUGGGUGGGGGUCAGGAGCCUCACUUUGACGGCCUGAUAUUCGUGCACUCUGGUAUUUACACAGAUGAGUGGAUCUACAUCGAGUCGCCCAUCACGAUGAUCGGAGCUGCUCCUGGAAAAGUAGCAGAGAAAGUCAUCAUUGAGAAUACCAGAGACUCUACGUUUGUAUUCAUGGAAGGCUCCGAAGAUGCUUACGUUGGAUACAUGACCAUUAGGUUCAAUCCUGAUGAUAAAUCCGCCCAGCACCACAACGCACACCACUGCCUCGAGAUUACCGUCAACUGCAGCCCCAUCAUCGACCACUGCAUCAUACGCAGCACAUGCACAGUGGGGUCAGCGGUCUGUGUCAGCGGCCAGGGGGCCUGUCCCACAAUAAAGCACUGCAACAUUAGUGACUGUGAAAAUGUUGGUCUUUACAUCACUGACCAUGCACAGGGAAUAUACGAAGACAAUGAGAUCUCAAACAACGCUCUGGCUGGGAUCUGGGUGAAGAACCAUGGCAACCCGAUCAUCAGACGGAAUCACAUCCACCAUGGCAGAGACGUUGGCGUCUUCACAUUCGAUCACGGCAUGGGUUACUUUGAGAGCUGUAACAUCCAUAGGAACCGUAUAGCCGGCUUCGAGGUGAAGGCGUACGCCAAUCCAACAGUGGUGCGGUGUGAGAUCCAUCAUGGGCAGACGGGGGGCAUCUACGUGCACGAAAAGGGCCGCGGGCAGUUCAUCGAAAACAAGAUCUAUGCAAAUAACUUUGCUGGGGUGUGGAUCACCUCGAACAGCGACCCCACAAUAAGGGGCAACGCCAUUUUUAAUGGUAACCAAGGUGGUGUUUAUAUUUUCGGUGAUGGUCGGGGUCUUAUCGAAGGAAACGACAUCUACGGUAAUGCCCUGGCAGGAAUCCAGAUCAGGACGAACAGCUGCCCUAUCGUCCGACACAACAAGAUCCACGAUGGCCAGCAUGGAGGCAUAUAUGUGCAUGAAAAAGGACAAGGCGUCAUCGAGGAGAACGAGGUGUACAGCAACACGCUGGCAGGAGUGUGGGUGACAACGGGAAGUACGCCAGUGCUGCGGAGGAACCGGAUACACAGUGGGAAGCAGGUUGGGGUCUAUUUCUACGACAAUGGCCAUGGCGUGCUGGAAGACAAUGAUAUCUAUAAUCACAUGUACUCCGGGGUUCAAAUAAGGACUGGCAGCAAUCCCAAAAUCAGGCGGAACAAGAUCUGGGGGGGGCAGAAUGGAGGCAUUCUGGUUUACAACUCGGGCUUGGGCUUUAUCGAGGACAAUGAGAUCUUUGACAAUGCUAUGGCCGGAGUGUGGAUCAAGACCGACAGCAACCCCACUCUGCGGAGGAAUAAGAUCCACGAUGGGAGAGACGGGGGCAUCUGUAUAUUCAACGGAGGAAGAGGUUUGUUAGAGGAAAAUGACAUCUUCAGAAAUGCCCAAGCAGGAGUCCUGAUCAGCACCAACAGCCACCCCGUACUGCGGAAAAACCGGAUAUUUGACGGCUUCGCAGCAGGUAUUGAGAUUACCAAUCACGCCACAGCGACCCUGGAGGGGAACCAGAUCUUCAACAAUCGCUUUGGGGGAUUGUUUCUUGCGUCUGGUGUCAAUGUUACAAUGAAAGAUAAUAAAAUAAUGAACAAUCAAGAUGCCAUUGAAAAGGCUGUGAGCAGAGGUCAGUGCCUGUACAAGAUUUCAAGUUACACCAGCUACCCAAUGCACGAUUUUUACAGGUGUCACACCUGUAACACAACAGACCGCAACGCCAUCUGUGUGAACUGCAUCAAGAAGUGUCACCAAGGACACGACGUGGAGUUCAUCAGACACGAUAGAUUUUUCUGCGACUGUGGUGCCGGGACGUUGUCAAAUCCUUGCACACUAGCCGGAGAACCGACUCACGACACGGACACACUGUAUGACUCCGCCCCUCCUAUAGAGUCCAACACGCUGCAGCACAACUGAGCUCGAGCCCCUGUUACACUUCAGUAGUAAUGGACACAAGACACUUUAAAGUUGUGCAGUGGGGGAGGAUGUCCAAACUCAAAUACAGAGCAUAUACGGUGACUUAAAAAAAAAGACUUUGAAAUGAAUAUGCUAAAAGGAGACAUUAAGAAGAAGAAAAAAAGUCUGAUUAUGGAUGCCACACUUUUUCUUUUUCUUUAAAUAUUUGACACAAAAAAAAGAUGAGGAAGAAGAGCAGCUGACUCAGGGUUUGUGGAUGUGUUGGUUUGGCCAAGGGAAGCUGGUGAGAGAUGGACUAAAAGCCUCACCUGCUUUCAAGAAGUGGAGGAAGGAAAUACUGCAGUCAUGUACAGAUGCUCAGUCAGAAAUGACACAACUUUUCUCAUGCGGAGGCAAAGAGCCCCGAAUUCAACAAUGCUUCCAUCACUGGGCAUCCGACGUGCUCGUAUCGAUAUGUACGAGAAAAAUGACCUAGCACUUCAGCUUUUUUUUUUUUUUUCACAAAACUGUUGAGAUUUGAUUUGAAUGCUUUUUGUGUAGUUUUGUAUUUUCAUGCAAAAAUCUUACUGUACUUGAAUGUCUUUAUUUUAUUAAAUGUGUUCAUUAUACCCUAGAAUUGCUGUAAUUAUACAUGUCGCAGUAUCUACCUUCUUUCUGUGAAAGAGAUCAGAGGAAAACACUAAGCAUUUCUCCAGCAAUGUUGACUCAUUUGCAAUACCGAACAAUAGAUGUUGAAAUGUGCUUUCACCAGACUUGUGUUCUUUUUGUUUGUGGUAGCAUUGGACAUUUUUGUAAAGGGAGUUAAUAUACUUCAGUCUGUUUUACAUAAUCUAUGCAUAUUUUAUGUUUGUCCGGUUUGUGUUGUCCUGUCGCACAAUACCCCUUUUACAGGAUUGACGGGAAGGAAAUAUGGGGCCAAAUAAAAGACUUCACUAAAGG